CCUGGACUUGACUCGCAUCUAUGCUUCUCAAAUUGAGCUCCAAAGUAGAUUUGACAAACACGUUGCCAGACUUAGCCAUUUUCAGGCAGUUUCCCAGUUUUGGCAUAGCCUUUUGGUCAGGUUCAAAAAUGGUCUUCUGAACUUUCUAUUGAGCUCCCAAGUACUUUAAUGUGUAGAGGGACACUUCCGCUUCAAAACAAGCCUUUAAUCUCCAAUUUUCAUUUAGCCAAUUGUAAGAUACGAAUCUUCAAAGUAAGCACCAUGAAACUAAUUUUACACUAAAACAACAAAUUAGAUCAAUCUGAUCCUAUACAAGAUCGAUCGAAAAGUGCAUAUCACCGUGACAUGCAUGUGAUUGUAGUAAAGUUCUAACUAUUAUCAUGGACAAAAAGAAAUCUCUAUAAGUAUGGCCGACUAGACAACGAAUCCUCCGCCCUCUGGUAAGCAAAAGCAACCAACCCCCCACACCUUCCUUCUUUUGAAAGAAUAUAAUAUAAUUUCCGCCGGUCUCCUCUGUUUUCCUUAUUCAUUCCCCCAUCUUUGCUGGAAACCAAACCAGAGAGAUCUAAAUCCCUGACGUGGUCUCCUUCUGUCAGCUCUAUCUCCAUCCCCAUCCCUUUCUCAAUAUCAAUCCUAUCGCCAUUUGCGCUUCUCGAGACAACACACCAACUCUCUCCCCCGAUACCUUAACGCCAUUGUUAUAAGAUCUCCCGCCGAACCGAACGAUCACUCCCACGUUUAUCUCUUAAAAGGAUAAGGCUCCUUCUCCAGUUUAUCCAUUUCCUUUUCCUAUUUCCAGGUAAUUUACUCAUUUAUCGCUGCCUUUCUUUGUGCUUGUUAGGAUGGUUUCCCAGUUUAGAUCUCACUGCAUUUCCCGCGGUUCACCGCCACACCUUUUUUUUUUUUGGUAGUUUUUAUGGCACUUCUCCUGCAUCGUAUGCAGAGGUCAAGUUUGAUGAAUUCUGCGUAGUUGGGUGAGAAUCUAGAUCUAGCUGAAUGUUAUUUCUUGCCUCUUGUAAAUUGACGAGUUGUUGAAUUUUUUGGAUCUGGUUAUAGCAUUUGGACGUGGAUUUGAGUCUGUCUCUAUCUGUUUGGGAGAGAAGUUGAUGCUCUAUCUUGAUUUUAGUCGGUAAUUUGUCAAUCUCUUGAUAAAUCGAAUUGGAUGCCUAAUGAAAUGAGCAAUGGAAUGAUGAAUUUGUAGGAAGGAUUUGAUGAAAGCUCCCUGGCUCUUAUUAUUAUUAUGAUUUUGGGUGGGUUAGGUAGGUGGAGAUUUUGCUAGUUGUUUUAGAGAUAUCUUCCAUUGUCAGAAAGUGGUGUUGAACAGGAUAAGUCAACUGUUCUUCCCACUUUACCUGUCUAUCCAUUCAUUUCAAAGACUACCCUUCUUUUUGGUUGUUGAAUGAAGAUGUGAAUUGUUGGGAUUAGAGUUUACACCUCAAUUGAUCUUCUCCCUUUUGUGUGGUUCUGCAGUUGUCAUCUGCUUCCAGUAAAAUGGAGGUCACAGGAGGCUAAGUUGUUGCAUAUUCUACGGGCUUUGUUUGGUAAGCAUACAUAUAGUAGUUUGUGAGAUGGCUAGAAAUACAGUUUUCAGAUACUAUAAUUGCUAACUUCUUAUCAUGUCGUCUUCUUUUUCGUUGUGUGCAGAAACCUUGGGCAAUGUGUCAGGGCAGAGACCACGUUGGAGGAUUAGGUAGUACUGCAAGUAGGGUAAAUUUGAGCAACAAUUCCAAGAGCAGCAGAACUUCUGGUAUGGAAUAUGAAUCAGACUGGGUAAGACACGGGAAAUCAUCGGAAUUAGCUGAUCAAGUGAUUCGAUCUGCAACUUGUUUCAUGGCUUGGUCCUGUAAGAUUCCUAUAGGUGACGGUUAUCACGAAUUUCUUUAGCUCGAACAGAAAAGAUCUUUCAUUUUCAAAGCAUUGAUAGAGUUCUCAGGGAGAUAUAAAAGUCUUUUUUUCUUCAAUCCAUAUCUCUCCUGAUUCGCUUGAGAAAUGGCGGAUGUUAUGUGUGCCAACAAGAUGUAUACUGGAACAAAGUUGUCCUUCUCAAGAUCAUUCAUGCACAAUAAGGCCACUCGUUCGAAGAGCAGCCCUAGAUUGGUUACUAAUGAAGACGACUGCUCGAUGCUACCAGGGCUGCCCGAUGAUGUGGCGAAGUAUUGCCUGGCACUGGUUCCUCGUCCUAGCUUCCCAGCCAUGGGUGCUGUAUGCAGGAGGUGGAGGUCAUAUAUCAAAAGCAAAGAGUUCAUUACUGUGAGGAAGUUAGCUGGUUUGCUCGAGGAAUGGCUGUAUGUCUUGCUUCUGGAUUCUGGAGGAAAGAGAAGCCACUGGGAGGUGUUGGAUUCUUGUGGCAAUAAACAUCGGGUUCUUCCUCAGAUGCCUGGUCUUGUUAAGGCUGGGUUUGGUGUAGUUGUUCUGAAUGGAAAGCUACUUGUCAUGGCUGGCUAUUCAACUGCUGAUGAUGGGACAAACUGUGCAUCUGACGAAGUUUACGAAUAUGAUUCAAGUCUGAACAGUUGGAGCAAAUUAUCAAACAUGAACGCUCCUCGCUAUGAUUUUGCUUGCACGGAGGUCAAUGGCAAAGUCUACGCCGCUGGUGGUUGUGGCAUUGAUGGCGAUUGCCUUUCCAGCGUAGAAAUGUACGAUCCGGAGACGGCCAAAUGGACCCUGAUAGAGUCUCUCCGUCGCCCGAGAUGGGGUUGCUUCGGCUGCAACUUUGACGGGAAGCUUUACGUCAUGGGAGGAAGGUCGAGCUUCACAAUUGGUAAUUCCAAGUUCGUCGACGUCUAUAACCCCGAUAUGCAAUCCUGGGGCCAGCUGAAGAAUGGUUGCGUCAUGGUCACAGCACAUGCUGUACUUAAGAAGAAGCUCUUCUGUAUGGAGUGGAAGAACCAGCGAAAACUGGCGAUAUUCGACCCAGAGGACAACUCCUGGAAGAUGGUGCCCUUGCCAUUGACCGGGAGCUCCACAGUAGGGUUCCGGUUUGGGAUCCUCAACGGGAAACUUCUGUUGCUGGCUAUGGAGGAUGACCCGAGUUACAAGACCAUGCUGUAUGAUCCUAAAGCUCCAUCUGGCUCAGAGUGGCAGACUUCUGAGAUAAAGCUGUCCGGCUUAUGCUUAUGUAGCGUGACCAUCAAGGCAUGAUAUGAAUGGAGUUCUUGAUCUAAAGCUAAAGCCUGCAGUUUAUUGUUGAUGCAUUAGUUAAUUCAGAUCAGGCUGCGGCUUGUUUUCUGGAUUUUUUUUAAAUGUCUGUUGUAAUCUCCAGUUUGAAGAGGUGUCUCGACUAAUGUUGUUGCAUUGAUCAUUAGUUUGAAGUGUUCGUUGUAUUUUGUAUUCUGUUGUGAACUUAUGAAUAGUGGUUAACUGGUUAUAGAGAAGAAAUCUGGAAUGAUGAAUUGGCUUGUCUUUGCAGACGUUGGGAAUAUACAAGAAUGAUGUACUGUAUUGAUUUAUUGAAGGUUGGGAAAUAAGUUCAGCUUCGAGAUCCAUUUCUUUCUGGUGUCUCUCUAAUUAAGGUUGUGUUAGCAUUGAGCAUUUGUUGACCUUGUAUGAAUAUGGAUAAUUAACAUCGAGAGAGCCUAUAUGUCAUGUCACCUAUGGACUUUAACCCAUCACAAAGCAUACAAAAUUUCUCGCGUAGGGUCCAAGCCAUUGUCCUAUAUAAGGAGGACUCUUAAAACUUCCAAGCUAAGGAUGAUCUUCUUGCCUUGCUACACUUUCAACAUAUAUGGUAUUCUCCCUAACACUUGUAUCUCUACAAUCAUAUACAUCCAUUCUCAUAUCGUACUAAUUUCGACAUCAGAGUGAGAAGAUCGAAUAAAAGAGUUCAAAUUAGAGCCCCAAGCGUUAUAAUUAUCAAUCAGGGUUAAUUGAAUUUGAUUGGCUUGAACCCAAUCAACACAUUUUCUCCUACAACUAGGACUGGAAGUUUGGUACUGUUAUUUGAGAUGAUCAAAUAUUGUACCGAAUUUACCACUAUUUGAUAUUACCGAAUAUUGAGUUGUUUUUUAGGGAUUGGGAUUAUGAUUGAUUUUGGGUGUUAUUUGGUAUUCGAGGUUAUGGAAUUGGAAGCGAUAUAUACCGAGAUAGCAAGUAAUAAAAAAACUAUAGUUAAUUAAAUAUAACUCACAACUUCUGGUCAUUGCUAACUCUUUCACUUGCAAGCACCCUUCCAAUCUAAGCUUAUCUUCCAUGUUUUCCUAGCUGACUCUCGUCGCUCACUCAAUCUCUUGUUUUUUUCAGAAUACCAAAAAAUAUACACUCUCAUAAGUAGGGAUGGCAAUGGGUCGGGUUUUGCCAAACCCAUGGGUUUAUCCGUGAAAAAAACCCCGGGGUAAAACCCACUGGGUUUGAAAAACUCAAACCCAACCCAACCCGCUGGGUAUCCGCAGGUUCAUGGGUACCCAUGGGUUUUUGUCGUAAAAAAUUUACAAUAACAAGUUCCUAUCAAAAUUAAAGUCAAAUAUCAAU